AUGUUCCCUGAAGAAGAUCUCGUGAAGCAGGUUAGGUUCAACCAACUGGAACAGUCGUACGAGGAUGACGACGACUCAGAUGAUAUAAGCAUGAGUAUCCAAGUCCGCGCUGUGUCUUGGACUAAGGUGAGCUUGAGAACCGGCUACGACCCGUAG